CGCGGUGACCAAUGGAAAGCGGCGCGUGGCCCGGAGCGAACGCCUCAAAUCCUCUGGGCUCUCAGCUGAUUGUUUCUCUGGAGCAAGAGUUGGUUCGGCGAAAGGGAGCCGGCGCUGCAGAGAGGCAGGCGGGCGGGCGGCGAGCCGGCGAGCGGAGGACAAAGGGAGGGCGGCGGGGGCUCCCCCUCUCCGGGUGACCUGCAUGGCUCUCUGAUUCAUCCGGCGAGAGCGAAGCGGGGCGUCCCCCCUCCCGCGGCCCUGAAAUUGCACUUUAUCUUGUUUUUGCACACUCGCUCCGCCCCCCCCCCCCCGUUAUGGUCGGGCCAGGAGCGAUGGGACUCGGCGGGUCUGAUCUUCUUGGCCCCUUUCCCGCUCUGGAGUUGGGGCUGAGCGUCCUGUACACGCUCCUCUACGCCGGCCUCUUCCUCUUCACUUACCUGCAGCUUUGGCUGCUGUUCUACUACCGGGAGAAGCGGCUCAGCUACCGCACCGUGUGCCUCUUCCUUUGCCUGCUCUGGGCAGCGCUGCGCACCGUCCUCUUCUCUUUCUACCUGCAAACGUCCACCCAAGCCGUGGAGCUCCGGCUCCAGCCGUUCCCACACUGGUUGCUCUUCUGCUUCCCGGUCUGCCUGCUCUUCGCCACCAAUUGCCUCCUCAACCUCUACUUCGCCGAGAUUAUUUUCAAAGUCAAGUGCGCAGCUGAGUUCAACAAAUACAAGACUUUCUUGUACAUGGGGUCUGUAUUCAUCAGCCUCCUCUUCAUCUUUGUGAACCUGACAUGUGCAUUAUUGGCACAGGAUAAUGUUCCAGAGGAUCAGCUAAGGUGGACAGUUUUUGCCCAGGCUUUGAUCAAUGAUAGUCUCUUCAUUCUUUCGGCCAUCUUGUUAGCUUACUGCAUGUGCAAACUUUCCAAAGUGUCUUCAGCCAAUGUUUACCUCGAGUCCAAGGGCACAUCUCUCUGCCAAGCUCUCCUUGUGGGUUCUGUUGUCAUCCUUUUACACUCUUCAAGAGCUUUUUAUAAUUUGGUGGCAGUAAUGAUCACUCCAGACCAUGCACCUAGUCCAUUCAACUAUGGUUGGAAUAACCUUUCAGAUAAGCUUCAAGGAAAAGAAGUUAACAGUGAGGAGUAUGUGGUGUUUGGUGUGGUGCUUUUUCUCUGGGAGUUCGUCCCAACCAUAUUUGUGGUACUCUUCUUCCGAGCGCAGAGAUUGGCCCAGAAUUUGGCACCUGCUGGAAUGAUCAACAGCCACAGUUACAGUUCACGGGCCUAUUUCUUUGACAAUCCAAGAAGAUAUGACAGUGAUGAUGACCUCCCAAGGCUUGCUGGAGGAAGUUUGGCUACUCCUCAGAAUUCUGGGUGGUAUGGCUCUCUGACAGGGAGCGACAGCUGCAUCAUGAUUCCACCUUUGGUUGCACCUCCAAUGGAUGUUGCUCCACUGCUGUUCAGCCAUGAAAGCUUGGAAUCCAGAAGUCAUCACAGUUCACAUCCAAAGCCACCAAACUAAUCCUAGAGUAGCUUUGGGGGAAGGGUUCCUGUGAGGUGUGAAAAACAGGACUCCCUUUAGGAUCAGUCUUUUCCUUACAACCAAUAACUGCAACCUGGUUAAAGAAAUCCUAAAGUCCUAGGAUUGAAAGGACAUUGCCCUGAAGGUGUUGUAUGAAUCUCAGACCUGGAGGAAUUCCCAGUGACCUCCAGGUUCCCCCUAAUGCAUAUCGUAUUUUCCAUUGAUCUUCUAAUAUGGGAAUGGAACAAUAUUGGCUCAUAGCUCUGCACUUUGGACUGGAGAGACCAAUUGUUGCUAUGUAGUAGUGGAAAUAACAAAAGCCAAAGGAGAGCAUAUUCUGAAAACAUUCUAUUUUAUUGGCCAACAGACCAUGACUGUUGUCCAGAUGGAUAUUUGCACUUUUAAUCAACAAUUUCCAAGGGAUAAUUCUCUUCCCUCCGAAUCUCCUCUUUUCCAGUAUCAUGAAAUGUCUGUUCCAGACAACACUUUUAAAUUGCACAUCUCUGGUUGGGAAACUUGUUCUGUCUUCCUAUGAUGGCAAACAACUCUACAUAUUUAACAGUGGAGAACUUUUGAAAGUGGGGUGGGAUGAAGAAUCUCUUUUGCUUUUAAAUUCUUGGAGAGCAUUUUAUAAGUAUGGCACAAGUGCCAGUCUCACAAGGAUAACUUAGCUUGUGGUUAUGUUUUGCCAUCAAUCAUUAGAUUGCUAGAGCAAGUUCCAUUAUUGCAUGUUUGUUAUAUUCCCUACAGCGUCCUUGUGUUGUUUUGGCCUAUUUCUAGCAUUACAGUAAUACUUCAUUUUAAAGAACAGUAACUUAUUUUAUACUGGAAAAGCAGAUUCAGAGUGGGUUACAGGCCAGGUGGACCUAUGAGAAUUGUAGGCUUGUUUGGGGUGAUGCAUAGCCAACUGGCGCAGAUGUCCUUCACUGCUUUGUCUGGCAACUGCUUUUAUGUUCCACAAUGGAAUGAAAGCAAGACUGAUUUCUUUGCAACCACAGAGAUGUAAAUUGCUCCUGGAUUGCUUAACCACCACUCAAGAGCAUCAUUCUCUGAUACUGAGAAAACAGCUGUUUGGAAUGUGAAGCAAAGUCAUUUUUUUUUCUUCUUCCACCUACCAAGGAAACAGUAGUAGGCAAUGCGAUCACCAGGGGAUGAGGCAAGCAGGGAAGAUAAGGGCAACUGUAGCCAUGGAUGCAUCUCCUGAAAAAUUUGCAGUUAGAUCCAGUCUAGUAGAAAGUGUUAAUUAUAUCUGCCCCCACUCAGAAGUGUGCGAUUCCUAUUUAUACUCCAGGCAACAGAGGCUUCUAGAAGUAUUUUUUAGAUUUCUGUUCUCAACUUCAUGACCUUCAGAUGCAUAGCAUCAACUUCCAGUAUUUUCUUACUGCUUGGGAAUUAUGGGAGACAUAGCCCCUAAUGCAUCUGGAAGAUUUAAGGAUGAGAAAGCUUGGGACAAUGUAGAAAACUGAAGUACAUCCAUUUUUAACUUGAAUCAGAACUACUGUAUAUCUUCUAUUAGUGUUAACAGCCAUAAUUUCACAAAUGGCUUCAGCCAACUGUAUUAUUCUGAAGCUUUGGGAUCAGUCUUUUUACAACCGAUAACUGCAACUCUGCAGUUCUGCAACUGCAACUUUGUUAGAGCAAAAGAAAUCCUAAAUUCUUAGAAUUGAAAGGACCUUUCCCUGAAGGUGUUGUAUGAAUCUCAGCCUGAUGGAACUCUCAGUGACUUCCAGGUUUCCUGAACACUUCUUUGGUGAAUCUGCAUACAGUGGGACCAAAUACAUUUUAUUUCCUCAUGAAAAGGGUACAUGUGCCUAUGUACUCUUUAAUAGAACUGUUGGGUUCCCACAUACUCCUAGCUGAAAAGAAACUUAAAACACUACCCUAAUGUUAAAACGGAGACAAUGAACCUAUUGCCCUCAAGAAGUGAAUUAACAACCCCUAGCAUCUCCAAUUGAUGUAGCCCACAAAGAGGAUUACAAGAAACUAUGGUUUACCAUCCUUAAAGUGUGAGCCAGUUUGGUAAGGUGGUAAGGCAUCUGGUGAAAAACUGGGAGACAAUUCUAGUCCCACCGUAGGCAUAAAACCAGCUGGGUGCUUUUGGGCCACUCCCUCCCUCUCAGACUUAGGAAGGAAGCGGUCGCAAUCCAUUUCUGAAAAACCUUGCUAAAAAUGCAGUGUCUUGUUCAGGCAGUGUAUAGGAAUCAAGACUGACUUGAAGAUAUUAAAAAAAAAGUCUGAGAAAUAAAUUCUUGGACUGUGUGUUUAGCAUUUUGCUUCAAUAAGGAUUUUAAAACUGAAUUGAAGUUAUCAGCUGGGGUGAAUGUUUCUAAACAGGACUAAAUGGUUUUUGUUUCUAAUCACUUCUCCCCUCUGUUAUUGCUAAUGUAUUACAACUCACUCCUUGGCCAAAGAGUAGGUAUAGGAUAGACAGAAACCUUUAGAGUUACAAGUUCUUGAAUUGCCAUAGCUGCUUCCUAAUCAGUUAAUACUAAUUCUCUGUAAAGAUGGUAAGUCUAUCAUUUCAUCUUCCUCACAAGGCACAUAAACUCAAGAAGUGGUAGACAAACUCUGUGUAAUUAGGUAGAUCUUCUGGUGUGGAAUAAGAUUGUGAUUAGGAGCACUUUCCAUCUGGAGCAAAGACUGAUUAUCAAACUAGAACAGUGUUUCUUUAAGCUGUGUGGGCUUCAACUCCCAGAAUUCCCUCCCAUGGCUGACUAGGACUCCUGGGAGUUGAAGUCCACACAUCUUAAAGUGAUCAAGGCUGAGAACCUGCAUUACAGCAUGAAGAGAGCUGGUGUGUAUAAACAUCCAUCUCCACUAUGGUCUCUCCAAGUAGAUUGGAACUGCAGCUGCCAGGGGUUCAUACUGGAGGAGGAAAUCUAAGUGUUGAGAGUCUCCAUAAAUCCAAAAGAGGCCAGGCUGGGGAAGAUUGGCAUAAACCAUUAAGAGAUGACUACAAAACUAUUAGGAGAAAAUAUUUAAAUCUGAGGUGCUUCAUUUUUCAAAUCUCAAGCUGUUUCACCUCAGCUGCAAUGCAAGUAGAUUGUACUGCAGUUAACGGCUGCAUUUCCCAUGAGAUAGGCUGGACAACUGAGUUGACUUUCCUGAAUGUGCUAGGUAUAGCUACAGGUAUUAAUCACAUGUGCACAGUAUAAGCAUUUCACAUGUGCUGAGAGAAAUAUUUGCUGCACAAUGUUCAAAAUUUUGGGUAGGAAGAAGAGGUGAUUUUUCAGUAUUGACAUGUGAAACUUAAGUUAUUUCAAACAUUCCUUGAGCGUAUUACUAUAAGGCUCUGCUCUUAAGACCUCUCUCCUUCCCUCCCUGCUUAACUUGUCCUUGACUUGUAGCAAAAAUUUAGCCAAGACUUGAAUUGUCUGCCCUUUUUUCAACAAGCCACCAAAGACUAGUUGAGCUAACUCCUUUCUCUGCCCCAAAUAUCCUGACUUUCUCCUUUAUCAGUUUUAUAAUGCACUUGGAGCACUUUAAGUUUGUUUCUUGGGAGGGAAAGCUAUUGCAUAAAGGCCACAGGACUCUUUGUCUUUGCACUGAAUUGCAUUGAAUGAAGAUGGCUGUUCCUUCCAGUCAUAAGCUGAGUUUCUUUAUUAAAGAGUUUGAGUCCGUUUUAUUCUCAUGGCUAUUGAAAUUCUGACUGCAUUGAAGAAGGCCAGUCUUGCAUUUUAUUUAUAUCUGUUACUACUUUUUAUAUCUAAUCAAGAAAUUAAGUCUUUAUCAAGAAUGGGGUAUUUUACGUAUGUUUUGUUUGACGCUAUUUGCCUGUUUUCUCUCCAAUCACUGGAGAGGCUAAAAGAGGCAACCCUAGCUCUACCAUGUUCAUUUCUUCCUCUUGAAUUGUAAUGUUACAUUUUAAAAUAAAGAGGCUUCUUUUUAUCUUG